UGCUGAUGUGAAUUAUAAAUCGUCUAAAGUGGGCUUAUGCUACUUUAUUAAUAUUAAUAUUAUUGAUUGUGUAUUAUCGAACGGAAUCAGAAUUCUUUACCCACCGAAAAGAUUCGCAAACGUGGCUACGUAGUUCGAUCCUGGAGGCGUUUAGAUAAAAAAAUGGCCGCGCUCAGGUUUAUGUAUUUUCGGCACCGGCAGCAAAGCAAACUGCAAGAUUCCGCGAGCUAUUCGUUGAAUGACAGAUUGUUAAAGAUGUUUUUUAACAAAAGUACGUGAGGGAGAUUCGACUUAAAUUGCUUGACGCCGAUGCGGUGACGGGUAUCGAGUAUGUUUCGACGAUGUUGUUCGUUCGCGUCGACGGCACGACCGGUCGCGACGGAUUUAAUCGCGCGAUACGUCUCGAGAGGCGACGUGCCGAGACGAUGCGUGUCGAAGGAACUCGAGAGAGGCUUCGAGGCAGCCUCCUGCAAACCGAGGGUUUUGCCGGAAGGGACGAAGGCCGACGAUGGAAUUUACGCGCUGAAACCGCGACCUAACCUAAGCCCGAGCGAAAUGAACGCGACUCCGUCCGCUUGCGAGGACUAUCUUGAUGAACGUGAAAUAGAGCUGCCGCAUCCUCUGGACGUGUGCACCGAAGACCUGUCGGACAUCGGUGCGCCCCUCACUCCGACCUUCACCUUUGCCAAGUACGCGAACAAGUCCCGCACGAUUCAGGAGCUGGUGAAACUCGGAGUCGCUCUGUACAAGUUCGAGGCGCAGGAGGGGAUGGUGCAGUACAUCCUGAACCUCGACUUCGAGCGGGACGUGAUGCCGUACAUAAGGUUCCUGCACGACUGCGGAGUACCCGCCGAUUACCUGGGCGAGUUCAUCACCAAGAAUCCCAAUAUCUUCAAGGAGGACAUGGACGAUCUGCACACGAGGAUAAGAUACCUAAGGGCGCACAAUUACAGCAAGUCGAUGAUACAGACCAUAAUCUGCAAGAAUCCCAACUGGCUUUUGUACAGCACGAAGGAUAUAGACAACAGGCUCGGCUAUUUCCAGAGCAACUUCAAGCUUCGCGGCAAGGAGGUGAGAUUCCUGACGGUCAAAGGGCCCAAGGUGGUGACGUACAGGAUGGUGCAUCUGCUGGAAAACACGUUCAGCAUCAAGGAGGAGAUGGGCUUCGGUCAGACGCAAGUGAAGAGACUGCUUCUCAGGCUGCCCAAGAUAUGGACCAAGAAUCGCGAGAAAUUGCUAAGUACAUUCGAAUACGCUCAUAACGAGAUGCAGCUGCAACAUGACUUUAUCGUGCAGACGCCGCACGUUCUGCUUUGCAGGAAAACCAGACUCGAGCAGAGGCAUUUGUUCCUGGUGGAAUUGAAAAAGGCACAGUACGAUCCUUCUAAACCAAUGUACGUUUCACCACGAGCCUUAAUUAGCGGUACAGACGUGGACUUCUGUAGAGACGUCGCACAGACGUCCACCGACGUUUACAAUGCGUUUCUCAAAACGUUUUAAUUAUAAUGCAGAUGUAAAUAAAUGUUGAUAGAAUA